UCGUGCAAGUUGAAGUCAAAUAAUCAAAUAUUUCUCCCUAACCUGUUUCAUGAUUUCAAAGAUAUAUACACGUACUUCAUUGUCUAUGUUUAAAGAUACCAGAACGCCUUAAAAUAUUCGUUUUUAGCAGAAAGACCACUUCUAAAACAGCGUUUGAAACCUACAAAAAUAUAGAACUGAACAAAAAAUCAUGGCGGACGUGUUAUUUUCUAAAAAACUUCCAGUUGUAUUGAAAAGUGCUGAUCGAGAGGACAGAAACACUCAUAUCAAAAUCAGUGUUGAAGUUCAGGUCCAUACAGCUCCAUUGCAUAGAAAGGAAUUGGUUGUCAGACUGACAGAUGAAAGUGACUUGUUUUUCUUGUACACUCUGAAACUUGGUGAAGAGGAUUUUCAAAGUUUGAAAUGCCAGCAAGGACUCCUUGUAGAUUUUGGUGCAUUCCCUCAGAAAUUCAUUGAUUUGCUUGAGCUGUGUCUUCAGGAAGAAAGAAGAGAAAGCCCCAAGUACCUGCUACAGUUCCUUUGCCCUGCAAUAUCCGGCUCCGAUAAAGACACCUGGGCUUUGAAUGUCGUCGAGACAAACCCUUUCAAACAUCUGACGCACUUGUCGCUGAGAUUUCUCCCGGGGAAAGAUAAUGACGUCAAGAAGUACCUGGCCGAUUGUCUCAAGAUGGCGAAGGACCAGAUCUCCAGCUUGCAAGGAAAACUGGAGACCACGGAAUGCUCGCUCUCAGAGAAACUAUUCCAAACUCAGCAGGCCCUGUCGGACAAGACACAGCAGUACGAUGCCAUGAAAUUAGAACUGUCAUCAACAACGAAUGACAUGAAUGCUAAAUACUCACAGCAGGCGGCUAUGGAGAAAGAAAAAGCAGUUGAGGCCCAUCAGCAAUACCAGCAACGCUGUGAGCGAGAAAAGAGGGAACUGGAACAAGCUCACUUGAAGAUCGUAAAACAGAUGGAAGCAAAGAUCUACGACUAUGAAUCAGUCAACAAGGAACUUACUGACAAACGUUAUAAACACGAAUCCCACAUCCGCGAACUGAAGUCUAAGCUUGGUAGUCUCGAAGAGGAGUACCACCGGGCUAAACAGGAAUUAAACGCGCUCCGGAAAGACAACGCUAGUCUCGAUGCCGACUUUCACGAGCAAGAGAAAUUAAUCAAUCAGCUACGAACGAAGGUUGCUGUGACUGAGCAAGAGACUAGAGAUAAAGACCAAGUGAUGAGCAAGGCGCAAGAAUUACUCCAAUCUGAGCAAGAACAAAGGAAAAAAUGCGAAGAUGAUCUUGAGCGGAGACAGAAACAGAUCGGAAAGAUGGAGACUUCCAUCAAAUCCAUGUCGGAGGAGUUGGUGAAGGGAAAUGAAAUCAUUAAGAAAUUACAAGGAGAAAUUAGAAACUAUCAUGCCAAGGUGAAGCUUCGUAACCAGAUCACAACCGAGCAGGAGAAGUUACUUGGUGAGAAAGAGCAAGAGUUGGAGAAACUUCGCCAGGAUUAUCGUUUGUCGCACGACACAUUACGGGUGAAAGAAGAUGAGAAUUCGAAAUUGUCUGAAUCUUUAGAAAGUACAAUGCGGAAACUGGAGGAAAGUAAACAACUGUUAAAGACCAAUGAAAAUGUAAUAAAUUGGUUGAACAAACAAAUUACUGAGAAUCAGCUUUCCCAUCAAAGACAUAUGCCUAUGGAGAAUGCAGCAAUCAGUUAUAAACCACCGAAUUUGAUGAAUGGUCCAUCUAUUGGAGGCAGUAUAUCGAGGAUGACGAAUGAUACCUUGUCGCCGGGAUCCACAGCUCCUCUGACGAGACAUUAUAGCAGCUCCUUAUCUUCCCAGUUGGGUCUUGGCCGAGAGCGUCGCACAAACGUCCCGUUAUCAGCUACUAAGCCGAGCACCAUCAAUGAGGAAUCCGGCUCUGCUGCUUCAUCUCCCUCAUCGCAAAAAGAAAAUGAAGCCCCGUUUUUGGAUGCCAAGUACCUGUCACGUGGUGACGGUGCCCCUCUCAGAGAGAAAGGCCAGCGAUCAUCCUCCCCAUCUACAGUUCAGGGCAACCAACAGCUUUUGAAGUCUCAACCGAACAGCAUGGCAAGACCCAUGGCAAAUAAAGUUGUACCGUCAGCUUAUUUUCCGACUCAGGCUAAGGUUUCCUAGUUGGUAUAAUCGGACAAGGUUCCAAGGAAACAUGAAAUGGACGGUGAUAAGUUGUUUUAACAUCCUGGCAUGUUGGAACUUUAAAAGAUUUGGUGUACAUGUAGUGAUGAAGAAUGGGGUUUGAAGGGUAUCCUCCUACCUUUCCUCGAUGGCUAUGGAAUGUACUUGUAGUUCGCUGAUGUGAACCGAAAAUACAUGGGCUUGGAGGAUUUUUUUUCAGAUGCUGGGCAUUUGAAAUGUAUAGAAUUAUAUUCAGUAGAAGUAGGAAAUGUAUGUUGAAGUGUACAUAUGUACAUAGUUAUGUUUUGAAGCAAACUUCUUCAAGGGGACUAACAAACCAACGAGUUUGUGUGUUCCACACAAAUUGCGACUUAAAUAUUGAAUAAUAAAAUGCCAGUAAACCUGAAUACAGUACUGUACUCAGAUUUUCUGAAUACUUUCCUUGGUUAUGACACUGGUCCCGGACAGAGCCCUUUUGCAGGGUAUUAUCUAUCUGUCUGUACCUCCUAUACCUACCUAUGCAAAGGCCUUGACGAGUCUGGUCCAUUUCAAUAUCCGGUUGGCCGGUCUGUGUUCGACUGACCAGUGCGGUAUACAGUUCUUUGUUGUGUUCCUUAAUGAACAUUUUAUUUCAAGACUUGGAUGUACAUGUAUGAAAUAUCUAUGUUGUAAAUAUCAAAUGUAGCUAUAUGUAUGACACCACUUACAUGUAUGGCAUAAUGCGUAAUGUCACCCCAUAAGACGUUUUGAAAAUCUAUGAAACUGGUGUGCAAAGAGACGAGAUAUUUUGGCUUUUUCAGCAGGUCUUUUUUACUCGUAAAAAAUAUUUCUCUUCCCUAUUAAAGGCCGUGGCAAUUUGAUAUUUAGUAUAACAGAUUUUUCUUGACAGAUACUUGCUGCUGGCAGAAAAAAUAAGAAUAAGAUACUACUAUCUUGAGGUACUGUAAAGCCAGAUGUAUUUGUGUGCCUUUUAUGUUCGAGUUGACAGGUAAUAAACAUUUGUAAUUACUCCUGUUAAUAUUGGGGUCAAGAAUCCUGUGUUCAUCUGAAAUGACCCUUUUCCUGUAGAUUCAUUGCGCUUCUGGUUCGAAUAGUGUUGAGCACUGUCCAUCGUAACUGGAGGUGAAAAAUUAUUAUAA